UAAACGCCUUUUUGCGGCUUUGCCCGAGUUGCGUCUCUGCCUCUUUUCUUUCCCAGGCUUGGUACUUACCUACUUCUCUUGUAAUAUCAAGAUGCUGCGCACACCUCCUCUCUUUCUUAACAAUUCAGUUUCCACUGGCAAUGCCUUCAAGUCAGGGUGGUCUAGUCAGCCCCGGAAAACAAAACAAAGCAGAACAACAACAUUGCCACCACCGCUGUGAUCCCCACACAUAGAACAAAACAAGACAGCAACGAUGGGAGAGCUCAGCCCCGUGCUGUCUCUUCUAUCUCCACAGGAGAGCUUCCGAGAGUUCAGAGACAACGGCUUGGUGCUAGAUGGGAUGCCGUUCGGGCUAGAAAACAUCUGCGACUACGAGCCUGGCGGCCACCACCCCGUCCACCUGGGCGACGUGCUAAACGGCCGCUACAAGGUCAUGGACAAGCUGGGCCACGGCGGGCGCGCCAACAUCUGGCUCUGCCGCGACGUCUUCCAGCAAGCGCUGACGACGCAAUACUUUGCCGUCAAAGUCCUCAUGGCCAGCGCCUCCAUCGACGACUCCCCCGAACUUCGCGCCUACCGGCUUCUGAGGAGGGGCCUGGCCAAGAGCGAUGCCGCCGAACACCUCUGCCUGCCCCUCGGCCGGUUCGACUUCCAGGGGCCGAAUGGCCGUCACUUCGCCGUCGUGUAUCCCGUGCUGGGGCCGCGGGUAGUGGUGUCAAGGCCUGUCUCGCAUCUUGUAGCAGAGAAAGGCAAGCCUGUGAGGGAGGCGAGGAAGCUGUGUUUCCAGGCCGUCAAGGCAAUGGCCAGUCUUCACUCUCACGGCAUCUGCCAUGGAGAUUUUCGGCCAGCAAACAUUCUCAUGCGGAUACAGGGGCCGGCAGGGCUCUCUGAAGACGAGCUCCGCCUAACACUGGGACCUCCGAGGACUGUAGACGUCGUGCAGGCGUCGGGCGAGGGCCCCUGGCCGCUCACGGCGCCAGCCUACCUAGUUAAGCCGAUCGAGUGGGGACUGCUGGAUCUCAGUGGUAAUGAGUUUGACCUUGUCACAGACAAGCUUUGCGUUGUCGACUUUGCCGAGUCGUUCGAUGUCCGGGACCUGCCAGAGGACCUGGCCACGCCGCUGGAAUACUGCCCGCCAGAAUACGUCCUGGACAAGAGGCUGGGCACGGCGAGCGAUAUCUGGGCGCUCGGGUGCACGCUCUUUGAGAUUCGUGCUGGCAGGCGCCUGUUUGACAUCCCCGUCGAGGAUCCGGACGAGCACCUGGUGCGCAUGGUGGAGAUCCUCGGAAAACUCCCGGAGCCGUGGUGGUCGACGACAUGGGAGGCCCGUAGGCGAUGUCUGGGGGACGGGAGAUACACAGCGGGAUGGCCGAGGGGAGCAGGCAAUAGCUGGCUGGGUGACGAAAGCGAGUUGCAUGCUCCUCCGUCCCGUGUGCCGUUGGCCAAGAAACGCAGUUCUAGUUCCAGCAUCGAAGACUUGCUCGCAGGUGGCCUCGUCCAUGAUUUCAACCACCUCGGCACAGGCAACCACGAUAGGGCUCAGGAGGAGGAGAUGGCCCUGUUUGCUGAUCUGCUGCGGAGAAUCUUCAAAUACGUGCCUGAGCAGAGGAUCUCGGCCGAGGGCAUAUUAGAGCACCCGUGGUUUGCUCUGUGAACGAAGCAGUUGCCAGGAUUAGCUUUAGGCGUCUGGGCUACUAGACUUGGUUCAAAAUAACAAUUAGUAAGAGUCGACUGGGUCUAGGCCUAGGCAGGGUAUCAUUCGGGGGCUUUGUUCAAGGGAAUUAAUUAUUUAAUUAAUCCGCGUUGGUAUGAGCCAGGUCCGGCUCAAUAAGUCGUCCGGUCUUUGAUUACCCGAUAAUUAUGCUCAAACUCGAGCAACGCUUGCCCAGGUAGAGCCCG